UCUCUCUCUCUUUCUGUCAAAUUUCUCUCUCUUUUCAUUUUUUUUCUUAAAAAUAUUAAGUCUAUCAGGUCUCUCGAUCUCCCUUUCUCUUUCUUUCCCUAAUUUCGCUUCAAUUCGGUUCUUUCAGGGUUUCUCUAAGAUAAGCUGGUGUUCUCUUUCUUGGCUGCGGUUUUGUUGAUGAUUAUAAGCAGGGACAAAUUGCAGUAACAAUUUAUUGGAUCAGCAUGGGCCAAAGAAAUAUGAUAUGCCCUAGUCAGAUGAUUAAUUUAGAAAUGGAUCAGCGAGGCCAGGGAUAUCUUCAUCAUGAGCCCUGCAUCUUUUUGGGCAGCAUAACUAACUAUCCACCACCUGAUAUCCAGAUGGCAGUCACAGCUCCUUUGAACACAACUACUCUUGAUACUCAUCCCUUACCAGAGCAUUAUGACAGCAGUAUGUUCUAUGCGAUGCCCCGGUACCCUGGUGGUCAGCAUCAUCAUCAUUCGCCAAAUCUUGAUCUUGGUAUUGGAAGUGCAUCCAACAUUUACAUUCCCUAUGUGGCUAAUCCUUCGUCCAGUGUUCCUGUAAAUCAUGGACCCACAGACCUGAUGCCAUCUUCAAGCAACUAUAGUCUUCUUGGAGUUUUUGCUGAUGAAUAUGCAAUGAAUUGUCACUUCAUGGAUAAUGUUAGAGGCUCAUAUAAGAGAAAGAAUUCUGAAGGGAUCCCAGGAAAUUUUCAGCAUUUUAAUGCCUCAUCAAGCUCUAGUUGCUUAGUUGCACCAUUAAAUACUAGGCCUAAUGGGCUUGGCACGGUGGAUGUUGCAUCUUUCACCAUUCCUCAGUAUAGGGGAAAUGGCCUUCCACCAAUUAGAGAAGCAGGAUCUCAAAGAAGUGUGAGGAACAGAUUAGGUGCAACUGCAGUGGAUCCUGUUUUGAUGCAUGGUGCUAACCAUUUUUUUCAAGGAAAUUACAUGGAUCAGCCCUUUCAGCCAACAAUAACAGAUGGGGGUGCCUCAGCUUGGACUCAGGCUGCUGGUGUUCCUUAUAUGCAUGGUAGCAAUGUUGGUGGACCUAUGGAUACCAGGCAUAGAAUUUCCUCAAACUUUUCACAUUCUUCUCCCCGUGACCUUCGGAACCAGAAUUUCCAACGUCCUGCACCACCUAUUGAAGGAGUAAGAGGCCACAGCAUUAACGUUCAUCCACAAGUAGCAGCAGUUCCUUAUCGUUUUCCAGCAAGUUUUGCCUCACAGAGCAUCAUGAAUCCUUCACAGGAUAUGGGGCGUAGGCAAAUGGGACCAGUUCCACCUACUGGCUUUAGGAUAUAUCAUUCUGGCCGAGAGAGUGGUGCUGCACAUGAGACAACUCUGAGACACCGCAAUCUUCCACACCUUAGAGUUCUUCCACCAGAUGGAGUUGCUGUACUGGAGUUCCCGGAAUUUUACGAAGAAGUAGAGAAUUUUAUUGAUCAUCACAGAGAUAUGCGCUUGGAUAUAGAGGACAUGUCUUAUGAGGAGCUACUUGCUCUGGGAGAGCGAAUUGGCAAUGUGAACACUGGGUUGUCAGAUGAAAUUAUUAUAAGUAAAUUGAAAACAAGAACUUAUUCAACAUUUGCAACAAAUAUUAAUCUGGAAGAGGCUGCACCCAUUGACCAGGAACCUGAUUCUUGCAUUAUUUGCCAGGAGGAUUAUAAGAACCAAGAGAAAAUCGGAACUCUUGAUUGUGGACACGAGUAUCAUGCAGGUUGCUUAAGGAAGUGGCUGCUCGUGAAGAAUGUAUGCCCCAUCUGCAAAUCUGAGGCAUUAGCCACAGGGUCCAAGAAUGAUAUAUAAAACAUGGGGUGACUUGACCCAGCAAAAGAAAUAAAUUACAUAAAAUGGUUGAUGGUGGCAGAAUCAAUCGGAGGAAGCUCUCCCAGAUGUCUUAUGACUAAUGUGUUUACUAUAACUAAAUUGAUAUCUGUCGAGUAUUUUGUACAUGAACUUGCAGAUAUCUAACAGACAGCCAAUCAUCAAUCAUUAAUUUGUUGGCUAUGUAAUUAUCAACAAUUGUACAGACCCUGAUUAUUCAGUCUCAUGCUAUAAUAUUAACUUUCAGCUA